CCUCAUCUCCGCACUCACUCCCUCUUCAGCCAGAGCAGAGUAACAGAAAUCCUCCAGCAACAUGGCAUCCUUCUCCAACUACAGCUUCAGGUCCUCAGGAGGAUCUGGCGGCUCCAUGCGUCUGUCCUCCGGAGGAAAUGUGGGUGCCAGGAGGGCCGCUAGCGUGUACGGAGGUGCAGGAAGCGGUGGGGUUCGCAUCUCCAGCAGUUCUGCUGUCCGUUCCUUUGCUGGGGCUGGAGCAGGUGGCUUUGGCUUCGGAGGUGGCGCCGGAGGUGGCGCCGGAGGUGGCGCCGGAGGUGGCUUCGGAGGUGGCGCCGGAGGCGGCUUCAGCCUGUCCGAUGCGAUUGACGUGUCCGCCAACGAGAAGGCCACCAUGCAGAACCUCAAUGACCGUCUGGCCUCCUACCUGGAGAAGGUGCGCUCCCUGGAGAAGGCCAAUGCUGAGCUGGAGCUGAAGAUCCGCCAGUUCCUGGACAGCAAGACAUCUCCCAAGUCUCGGGACUACUCUGCAUAUUACGUCACUAUCAGUGACCUCCAGGGCAAGAUCCAGGAUGCCACACGCGUCAACGGAGGUAUCUACCUCAGCAUCGACAAUGCCAAGCUGGCCGCAGAUGACUUCAGGGUCAAGUAUGAGAAUGAGCUGGCCAUGAGACAGUCUGUGGAGGCCGACAUCGCUGGGUUGAGGAAGGUUCUGGAUGAGCUGACCUUGGCCAGGUCUGACCUGGAGAUGCAGAUUGAGGGUCUGAAGGAAGAGCUGGUGUUCCUCAAGAAGAACCAUGAGGAGGAACUCCUGGCCAUGCGCGACCAGAUGAGCGGACAGGUCCACGUAGAAGUUGACGCCAAACCACAGGAAGACCUCAACAAAGUCUUGGCUGAAAUCCGUGAGCACUACGAGUCCGUCGCCGCCAAGAACCGCAGAGAUCUUGAGGCGUGGUUCCAGACCAAGACCGAGACGUUGAACAAAGAAGUCGCCAAAAGCACAGAAACCCUCCAGACAAACCGGUCAGAAGUCACAGAAAUCAAGCGCACACUGCAGGGGCUGGAAAUCGAGCUUCAGUCGCAACUCAGCAUGAAAGCGUCACUCGAAGCUACACUGGCAGACACACAGGCGCGCUACGCUUCCAUGCUAGCUGGCUACCAGAUGCAGGUGUCCAGUCUAGAAGAGCAGCUGGUGCAGCUCCGCGCUGAUCUGGAGCGCCAGGGUCACGAGUACCAGAUGCUGCUGGACAUCAAGACCAGACUGGAGCUGGAGAUCGCGGAGUACAGGAGACUGCUGGAUGGAGAGGCCAGCAGCAGCUCCACCAUAACCUCAGCUGCAGCCUCGGGCUCCAGCUCCAGCACCAGCACGACGCGCAAAGUGGUGACCAUUGUGGAGGAAGUGGUGGAUGGCAAAGUGGUCAGCUCCACCUCCAAGGCUGUGAGUGAGACCUUGUGAGGAGAUCACAAGUCCGGCGAACACGAGCACCCUGAGCAUCCGGGAACCCGGCACUGAGUGAUGCACAAUCAAUAAAGUGUUCGGAUCAUUGAUUA